UUCCACCUGAGCUGCUCGGUUAACAGCUAGUGGAGAUUCUGGAGUCAUGAAUCUGUGGAUUUUUCUUGCUGUGUCCUGAUUCUUUCCACCUCUUCUAAUGAAAUGAGGGUCCAGACGGCGCUCUGGAGGAAAAUCUCCACAGACUCCUGCUGCUACUGGCUCAAAGGAUAAGUUUAGUCAUGGGGCUGAGUCCUCUUUUACUUUUAAACUCUUUAAACAGCUAAAGUCCUGCAGUGUUCAUAAAGGAGCUGAUUUGGCUGCAGGUUUCUGAUGUAAAUUCUGAACCAAUCAGCAGAUGAACAAACCAGAAGACCAGCCUGCUAUCUGUUAGCUCACUCACUGAAGUUCAUUAGAUGGAAAUGUGGAACAGUUGCUCCACUUGGGAGAUGGAUGAGGGAGAAAAUGGGCUCUUAUUCAGAAGAAUUUGUUUUUGGGCAGAAACAGAAGAUUUGUGCACAUGUUCAAAACUACUGUUUAUGGUUUUGUAGCAAUUCACACAAAUAUGCACCAUCAUUCAAAAGUUUAUCUAUAAAAAGGAUUGUAAUAUGAUUCUAGUGCUGUAGACUUGGGUUUAUUAAUAAUAAUAAUAAUAAUAAUAAUAAUACUAGUGUGGUGUGAUACAGCACCAUUUUUACUGUGUUGAGCGGACAUGUGUUGUCUGUUCUCUCAGAGCUCCAGGGCCAGAGUGCUGUAAACUUUCUGCCCCUUUUGGGUAAUAUCUGUGUUUUCUGGUCUUUUUUCUUCACAAAGGUGAGCCAGAAAAUCUGCUUUUAAUGGGUGGUAUUUAUUCCAGUCCAUUUUACUUCCACAGACAAAAAUGAAAGAAAAAGUGUGUUCCAGUAGACUAAAAGAAGUCCUCUCUCUUUGGCCCCCACAUUCACUCACAGCCCUAACCCUCACUCAAACUACAGUGGAGGCUUUGCACCAUCAUGUGACUCCAUAGCAACAGUAACUACACUGCCACUGACAGGGGGCAUGCUUGUAGUACUUCAUUUAGACGAGUUAGUUGUUAUUGAUCAGUAUGGGAAGGUUUUGCUGUGUUUUUUGGAUGUGCAAAUUGUUUUGAAUGAAACAAAGAUAUCAGUUUUUUUUAAAAUUUACCAAAAGUAAUUGAUCAUCAGGAGAAAAAAUGGAGACAUUUCUAAACAUAGACAGGGAAAUGAGAGAUGCAGAUAGCAACGCCACAUUAAUAAUUCAAAUAAUAAACAUAAUUAUAUUAGAUGAUUAAUUUAUCAGCUCUAUCUACAUUUGCUUCUCUAAAAUUCGGUGUGCCACAGCCAUUAAAGGUGGAUGAUUUGGUGCUCAAGCCAUAUUACAGUAUUGUAGGCUGUGUUUGCAUUUAGAAUGCUAUGAUAACAUGGGGAUAAAAUCUAAAAUUAUUUAAGUAACUUGAAUCAUUUUAUUAUGUUUUCUAGAUGUACCACUGCUCAGAGAGUGGGAAGAGUUUUCCUAAAAGUGAUCAUCUCAAAAAUCACCAGAGCAUCCACAAAGGAGAGAAGUGGUAUAUCUGCUCACAGUGUGGGAAGAGUUUUACUCAGCAGAGUCAUCUCCAACAACACGAGCACAUUCACAACGGAGAGAAGCCGUAUAUCUGCUCACAGUGUGGGAAGAGUUUUACUCAGCAGAGUCAUCUCCAACAACACGAGCGCAUUCACAGCGGAGAGAAGCCGUAUAUCUGCUCACAGUGUGGGAAGAGUUUUACUCGUCAGAGGAGUCUCCAACUACAUAAGCGCAUCCACACAGGAGAGAAGCCAUAUGUCUGCUCACAGUGUGGGAAGAGUUUUACUUAUCAGAAUGGCCUCCAACGGCACAUUCGCAUUCACACAGGAGAGAAGCCGUAUGUCUGCUCACAGUGUGGGAAGAGUUUUACUUGUCAGCGGAGUCUCCAACAACACAAGCGCAUCCACACAGGAGAGAAGCCGUAUGUCUGCUCACAGUGUGGGAAGAGUUUUACUUAUCAGAAUAGUCUCCAACGGCACAAGCACGUUCACACAGGAGAGAAACCGAAUGUCUGCUCACAGUGUGGGAAGAGUUUUACUUGUCAAAGGAGUCUCCAGCAACAUGAGCACAUUCACACAGGAGAGAAGCCGUAUGUCUGCUUACAGUGUGGGAAGAGUUUUACUUGUCAGAGGAAUCUUCAACAACAUAAGCGCAUCCACACAGGAGAGAAGCCAUAUGUCUGCUCACAGUGUAGGAAGAGUUUCACUUGUCAGAGUAGUCUGCAACGGCACAAACGCAUUCACACAGGAGAGAAGCCAUAUGACUGCUCACAGUGUGGGAAGAGUUUUACUUUUCUUAGUACUCUUCAACAGCACAAGCGAAUCCACACAGGCGAAAGGCCGUAUUACUGCUCACAGUGUGAGAAAAGUUUUACUUGUCAGAGUACUUUCCAACAACAUCAGCGCGUUCACACAGGAGAGAAGCCGUUUCAAUGUGGCCAGUGUGGGAAGAGUUUUACUCGUCAGAGUACUCUCCAAAUACACCAGCGUGUCCACACAGGAGAAAAGCCAUUUCACUGCGGACAAUGUGGACAGAGCUAUACUUAUUCAAAUUUAUUUAAGAAACAUAAAUGCGCUAACAUCAAGCCCUCAUCACUUGAUAUGUGGAUGCCUGUGAUCUUCAGACCCUCAGGAGACACUGCAUUAAAAGCAGACGCAUGUCCAGGGCUCAACAUUGACUUUUUAAUCGACUCGUCCAGUCAGAUGUACCACUGCUCAGAGAGUGGGAAGAGUUUUUCUAAAAGUGAUCAUCUCAGAAAUCGCCAGUGCAUCCACAAAGGAGAGAAGUGGUAUAUCUGCUCACAGUGUGGGAAGAGUUUUACUCAGCAGAGUCAUCUCCAACAACACGAGCGCAUUCACAGCGGAGAGAAGCCGUAUGUCUGCUCACAGUGUGGGAAGAGUUUUACUUGUCAGAGGAGUCUCCAACUACAUGAGCGCAUUCACACAGGAGAGAAGCCAUAUGCCUGCUCACACUGUGGGAAGAGUUUUACUUAUCAGAGCAGUGUCCAACGGCACAUUCGCAUUCACACAGGAGAGAAGCCGUAUGUCUGCUCACAGUGUGGGAAGAGUUUUACUUGUCAACGGAGUCUUCAACAACACAAGCGUAUCCACACAGGAGAGAAGCCGUAUGUCUGCUCACAAUGUGGGAAGAGUUUUACUUAUCGGAAUAGUCUCCAACUUCACAAGCGCAUUCACACAGAAGAGAAGCCGUAUGUCUGCUCACAAUGUGGGAAGAGUUUUACUUGUCAAAGGAGUCUCCAGCAACAUGAGCACAUUCACACAGGAGAGAAGCCGUAUGUCUGCUCACAGUGUGGGAAGAGUUUUACUUGUCAAAGGAGUCUCCAGCAACAUGAGCGCAUCCACACAGGAGAGAAGCCAUAUGUUUGCUCACAGUGUAGGAAGAGUUUCACUUGUCAGAGUAGUCUGCAACGGCACAAACGCAUUCACACAGGAGAGAAGCCAUAUGACUGCUCACAGUGUGGGAAAAGUUUUACUUUUCUGAGUACUCUUCAACAGCACAAGCGAAUCCACACAGGCGAGAAGCCGUAUGUCUGCUCACAGUGUGGGAAAAGUUUCACUUACCAGAGUAGUCUCCAACGGCACGAGUGCAUCCACACAGGAGAGAAGCCGUUUUACUGUUCACAGUGUGGGAAGAGUUUUACUUAUCAGAGUGAUCUCCAACGACACAAGCGCAUCCACACAGGAGAGAAGCCAUUUCACUGUGGACAGUGUGGGAAGGAUUUUACUCGUCAGAGUAAUCUCCAACAGCACGAGCGGAUUCACACGGGGGAGAAGCCGUAUCACUGCUCACAGUGUGGGAAAGGUUUUCGUGACCAGCGUACCUUCCACAGCCACCAGCAAAGGCAUACAGGACAGAAGCCGUACCCCUGUGAACAAUGCGGACGGAGCUAUAGUCAUUCAAAGACAUUUAGGAAACAUAAAUGCUCAAUUAUUAAGCCAUCAGCUCUUGACACACUGAGUUCUGAGGACCAACAGAAUGGAGAAUUCCAAAAGAAACCUGUUAAAGAGGAAAAACCUGAAGAUGAUGAGCAUUUCUUAAAUCUCAUGGAUGGAACUUUAGAUGGAGGGACAUCAAGCUUUGUGGGACACCUCACCCCUGUGAACCAACAGAAUGAAGGAUUUCAGGAAAAGCAUCUAAAAGAGGAAGAACCUGAAGAUGAUGACUACCUCUACUGUGAGGAUUGCAGCUCAUUUUUCAUCAACAAGUGUGAGGUCCAUGGACUGGCUGUCUUCAUCUCUGAUACCCCUGUUCCUUUGGGGGUUCCAGACCGAGCCAGACAAACCCUUCCACUUGGUCUGGAACUGCAGAAAUCUGAUAUUCAUGGGGCAGGCCUUGGAGUGUUUAAUAAGGGAGAAACUGUUCCAGUAGGUUUCCACUUUGGCCCCUAUCAAGGAGAGUUGGUAGAUAGAGAGGAAGCCAUGAACAGUGGCUACUCUUGGGUGAUCUGCAAACGUGGGCUAUGUGAGGAAUACAUCGAUGCCAAGAGAGAGAGAUUUGCAAACUGGAUGAGAUAUGUGAAUUGUGCUUGUAAUGAUGAUGAAGAGCAGAAUCUUGUGGCAUUCCAGUAUCGAGGGGAGAUUUUUUACCGUUGCUGUCAACCUAUCAAACCAGGACAGGAGCUCUUGGUGUGGUAUGAAGAGAAGUAUGCUAAAGAUCUCAGCAUCACUUUUGAAUACCUCUGGAACAAAAAGUGCUCAACUAAUGACCCAAUGAUGGAAGCUAUGCCCUGCUCCUUUAGUCCACGGUCCUAUACAAACCCAAAACCUGAUAUUCACUGUGAAAACGUGAUGUCUACAAGAAGCAUCUGUAAUCAGCCAGAGUUCCCUGAGACUCUUCAAAUGAACACUACUCCUGGGCAAAUGCAGAAAGGAACUGAUCACUCCUCAAAUUCUGAGGAACCUUUUACUCAACAAGGUCACCUUGACCUGCCCUGGUGCAGUCACCCAAGACACAAGCCUUUUUCCUGCUUGCAUUGUGGAAAGAAUUUUACUCGAAAGGAUAAUCUCCAAGUGCAUAUGCGUUUUCACACGGGAGAGGUGUUCUGCUGCUCACAGUGUGGAAAGAGUUUUAUCCGAGAGUCUCAUCUUCAACUACAUGAGCGUAUUCACACAGGCGAGAGGCCAUAUCAGUGCUCACAGUGUGGGAAGAGUUUUAAUCAGAUGAGCGCAUUUAAAAGACACCAGCGCACUCACACAGGAGAGAAGCCGUAUCCGUGCUCAUGCUGUGGGAAGAGUUUUAGUCAGCUGUUCAAUCUCCAAACACACCAGCGCAUUCAUACGGGAGAGAAGCCAUUUCAGUGCACAGAGUGUGGGAGGAGUUUUAGUCUCCUCAAUACUCUCCAGUUACACCAGCGAAUUCACACAGGAGAGAAACCGUAUUACUGCUCAGACUGUGGGAGGAAAAAGCCAUAUCACUGCAGUCAGUGUGGGAAGAGUUUUAGUGAUGGAGGUAAAUUCAAGGCACAUCAAGACCUUCAGACAGAAAUCAACCCUGUGGACCAAAUGAAUGGAGGACUCCAAAAGAAGCCUCUAAAAGAGGAAGAACCUGAAGAUGAAGAAUACCUCUAUUUAAAUGAUGAAACUUCAGGUGGUGGCGCAUCGAUCUCUGUGGUUCACAUCACUCCUAUGGAACAGCAAAAUGCAGGAUUCCAGAAGAUGCUUAUAAAAGAGGAAGAACCUGAUGAUGAUGAUUAUUUGUAUUGUGAGCUCUGCAAAUCCUUCUGUAUUAACAAGUGUGAAGUUCAUGGUCCUCAGUGUAAAUCACACCAUACAGGAGAGAAGACGUAUGACUGCUCACACUGUGAGAAGAGCUUUUCCACAUGGAGUGACCUGAAGGCCCAUGAAGGUAUCCACACAGGAGAGAAGCUACAUCACUGCGCACAGUGUGGGAAGAGUUUUGUCCACCAAAGUAGUCUGAGGUCGCAUAAGCGUAUUCACACGGGAGAAAAGCCGUAUCAGUGCUCACACUGUGAGAAAAGUUUUGGACAUAAAGAUACUCUCAAGAAACACCUGCAUAUCCACACAGGAGAAAAGCCAUAUCAGUGCUCCCGGUGUGGGAAAUGUUUCAGCGACAGAGGAACUUUCCGAUCACACCAGAACAUCCACACAGGAGAGAAACCAUACCACUGCACAGAGUGCGGAAAGAUUUUUACUCGACAAAGUUCUCUCCAGCAACACCAGCGCGUUCACACAGGAGAGAAGCCGUAUUACUGCUCAGAGUGUGGAAAGAGUUUUAGUCAGCACGGUACCCUCCAACAGCACCAGCACACUCACACAGAAGAGAAACCGUAUCAGUGCUCGCAGUGUCGGAAGAGGUUUAACCGGGAGAGGAAUCUCCAGUCGCAUAUGCGCAUUCACACCGGAGAGAAGCCGUAUCACUGCUCGCAGUGUGGGAAGAACUUCAGCCACCACUGUACUCUAAAACGACACCAGCGCAUUCACACAGGAGAGAAGCCAUAUCACUGUUCACACUGCGGGAGAAGUUUUACUCAACACGGAACUCUACAAUCACAUACGCGCAUUCACACAGGAGAAAAGCUGCAUCCCUGUCCGCAGUGUGGUAAAACGUUUAAUCGGCAGAGUUCUCUCCAAACACACCAGCGCAUUCACACGGGAGAGAAACCUUAUCAGUGCUCACAAUGUGGGAAGAGUUUUAAUCAGAAUGGUACUCUCAAACAACACCUGCGCAUUCAUACUGGAGAGAAGCCAUACUACUGCUCCCAGUGUGGGAAGGCUUUUAGUCAGCAGAGUACUCUCCACCAACACCAACGCAUUCACACCAAGAAUAAACUGUAUCAGGAUCCAGAAUGGGAAGAGCUUUAAAGAAGCAUGCUCUUCAAAAACACCAGGACAUUCAAACAGGAGAAGAUGCUGCAUCACUGCUCAGAAUAUAGAGGGACACAAGGGAGGUUUUCAUUUCGUAGACAAUGUGGUAUUAAUUGUGAGCCAGUCCUUUCUACAUUCCUCAAGCUAGAAGAGAAGCAGUGAACACACACAUGAGCAAUGAGUACACACACCCAGAGCAGUGGGCAGCUAUGCUACAGCACCCAGGGAGCAGUUGGGGGUUAGAUGUCUUGCUCAAAGGCACUUCAGCCAUGAUACAGAGGGAGGAGUUCUUUCACUCAACUUCUUUCACGUUUUUCUUACCGAUCCUGGGAAUCAAACCAGCAACCCUUCAGGCCACGGCUGAUCCUGAUGAUUAGUUCUGAUGUGUGCUUUGGCUUAACCAUAUAGCUGAGUGUCAUCAGCAUAGCAGUGGAAGCUAAGACCAUGUUUACAAAUGAUUGUAGUCAAAUGUAGUAUAUCAUUUUAAACACACACGGGGGUCCUCGAACAGGUCAUCGUGGAGCUUCCCAUUUUAACUUAUUUUACUUAUCUCCUCAGCAAGGCAUGUAGAAUGUGGUCAUCCAGUGGAAGAUGCUUUUCUCGUCACCCCUCAAGUAGUGUUUGAGAGAACAGUAAGAAUAUUAGAUGUUUUUAAACCGAAAAUAAAAACAUGCUUGUUUUAACCUGGCA